AUGAAGAUGAAGUUCAUGGUUAACGCAGCGCUUUUUCCAACGGAACUAUCUAAGGUCGCCUACGUGCAGUCGCGUACCGGCGGUAACGCUCAUAUAGCGAAUCGCUUUGACUCCCUGUUUCAGCAGGAGACCGCUCGUCGGGAGUACCACUACCUACAGCAAAGGCAGCAGGACCUCGCUACCUUCCUAAGGGACUUCCGACGGCUUUCCCGCGAAGCAGAAGUCCGAGAAGAGGACCAGAUCAUGGACCUUCGAGAUAAGGUUCGAGAUGAUCUGAAGCAAGUCAUUAUUCUCCGCAGAUAUAUGUCAAUUCAGGAGAUGAUCACUGACCUGACGUACGCCGACAUAAACAGUCGACGUAUCGCAUUGAACCAACCGGCAGCCAGCGCCAGCACGCCGGCGAAACCUUCGGUUUCGAGCACUCGUCAAUCUGCUAGCGAAUUAACAGCGAAGGAGGAGAGGCCAGUAGCUAAGCCACGACUUCCGAGAGAUGUGUCCACAGUAAGGUGCUACCGUUAUAAGAAACUGGGACACUACAUAAAGGAUUGCCCUCAGGCACGAGAGCAAUCGGGAAAAGAGCUGCCCGCUACUAAGACGUCAUAA